CUGACUGCUGUUGUCAUCUAGUACCGGACCACCUCAAACUACCCCUCAAGGCCAUUUUGUGUGGAUAGAAUCCAAACACGUGAUCCAAUCAGGCGACAUGGGGAAAGUGGAAGGAGGGAUGAAAUGUGUCAAAUAUCUUUUGUUCGUGUUCAACUUCAUAUUUUGGUUGAUGGGAUCCUUUGUUCUGGCAGUGGGACUGUGGCUUCGUUUUGACCCGGAAACCGUGUCCCUGCUCAACGGCGAUAAGGCUCCAGACACGUACUUCAUUGGUGUGUACAUCCUGAUAGGUGCAGGAAGUCUGGUGAUGCUGGUGGGUUUCUUCGGAUGCUGUGGAGCGGUUCGAGAAUCUCAGUGCCUGCUGGGUUCAUUCUUUGCCUGUUUGGUGAUCAUCUUUGGAGCUGAGGUGGCAGCAGGAGUGUUUGGAUUCUUGAACAAGGAUAAGAUAAUUGAAGAUGUACAAAACUUCUAUACCACAACUUACAAAGAAAAUAACAACAGCACGCUCAUCACCUCUUACCAGAAAGUGCUCAACUGCUGCGGGACACUUGCUGACAACUGUCCUGAUCAAGAACCAGAUAUAAAGGACUGCGAGGCGGGCAUCAAGGAUUUCUUCAACAGUAAACUCUACAUCAUCGGAUACGUCGGCAUCGGCAUCGCUGGCGUCAUGAUCAUCGGCAUGAUCUUCAGCAUGGUGCUCUGCUGCGCUGUACGUAACAGCAGGGAGGUCAUAUAAAGGACCCCGGAUUGGUACCAGAGAGGCCCGGAGAGACUGCACCGCUUUUUUAGAACACUAUCCAAUCCGUAUCCGAGUGAUGUAACAAUCUCUUAUGUAAGUCAGGAUCGUGGAGCGUACAUGACGAUAUCAUGUGACCAUGUUUACAGUGUCAUGAACAUAAACAAGAGUCCUAAUGCCUGAUAAUAGGAACCGGGGUUGGGAAGUUCACACGUCUAAGAUUGUGUUGCCUUUGCAUACCCCAUUUAAAAAAAAUUCCUAAUUAUUGGUUCUGAGUGGAAUUUCCAUGAUGUAAAUAUUUAAUUUUGUACAUUAUAUGUGAAUGAUUUGAUUGUGCUGUGUGUAGAUAGAUAGAAGUUGAGGUUAUUUGUAGUGUACCAAAUAUUAAAUAAUAUUAAAUGUGCCUUUUGUAGAGACCACAUACUGUCUGGAUGUAGAAAAAAAAAACAUAGCAAUGAUGUACAUGUGACUGUGAAAUCGGUGCACACUUUUUCCAACAAAUAUUAUGAUCAGUUUUGUGUGUCUCUUUAGUUUGUUCGACAAAAUCAAACUUUGUGGGAUUUUAAUAUAUUACACUCAACUAAAAAAUAGUUUUUGCUGCCAUAUUCAAAUAUCUAAAACAUUUUCUUUAUACACAUUUUUUUUUUUAAUCUGUGUUACUGAGAUAAUCCAUCCUCCUCAAAGGUGUGACAUAUCAAGAUGCUAAUUGGGAAGGUUAAUUUUAGCACAGGUGUGCUUUAGUCUGGCCACAAUAAAUGGCCACACCUCAUGGAAAACGGGAUCAAAAAGGAAAGUAUUUUAUUUAUUAUGUUUGUUGAGUGUAUUUUAAUGUCACAAUAAUGACUCCAGGCUUUUUUUAGUGGUUGAAAUUUGAACAGGAUACAAUCCUACAACAAUCCACGAUGUCGGGCUUUUGUGUUAAUUUAUUUUCUUACCAUUUCAGGCUUCUCAGGAAAACACUGUAGGUGUUUGAAGUUUAAAUAAAGCAUUUGAAGUUUUAUACCGAUUUCAUGCAUUUUAUUUCAUUUCACAAAUAAGACACAUUGGAUCUCAAGAGUUAUGACCACAAAUAUUCCCUGCAAAAACCUUAAUGAAGAUGAGAAACAGUAUGGAAUUUAAGAAAUAAUUCAUAGCAAAAUACGAAGCUAGCGUCGGUUCUUCACUAAGAUUUUAAUGUAAAAGUAGGAAACUUUUAACGCAAGUUGCAUCCCUAAUUAAAAUGCAGUAUUACUAAAAAAAAACUUGACUUCAUUGAAGGCAAUGUGACUUGGAAAGUAUGGCUUCAUGGCAAAAAAUAUCAGCUACACCAGGGGUCUCAAACACGCGGCCCGCGGGCCAAAUGUGGCCCGCAGGACACUAGCUUGAUAUGGAUGCUGUAUGGUAUCAUGUACCCAAUAAAAAUUAUUACGUUUGAUUCAUGUUCAUGUUAAAGGUUAAAUAACUGUUAAUAGUUAUCCUCCCUAUCCGUGUGGAAGUGGUACGUUUUUUGGCUAUUUAAGUUGAAAGGAAAUAACUUGAAGGCUACCGUUUAGGUGGCUAGCUGUCUAGUUUGCGAGUUAGCAUGUGUCUCGAGACCCUGCAGUUGCGCAAUAUGUUGUAAAUAAAAAGAGUAUAAAUGUGACUAUAGUCGUGUUUUGUCAUGUCUACAGGGUUCUAAUAAUGCUUUGUUCAUUUUAAUGUCUACCCACCAACUAUAUGUGGUUUCUUAAGUUUUUAUUAUUUGCCGUUCUAUUAUUUUUUUAUUAUUUAUUAUUAUUUUCUUUCUGCACUUGAGUAGUAAAAGACAGCUGAAGACUUAAAGGAAGGAAUAGUCGUGGCUCCGAGGUCAGUCGGGGUAGAGUUACUGCAACAUUGCAGCAUGGACAUUUCCACUAAUGUGCCCACGCUAGUGUACAGUGUACAGAAGAGUCAGGUGACACAUUGCAUCAGGCGGUUUUGCUGAAAUAAACCCCACAAGACACAAACAGGGUAAUAGUAAAGAGUGAAACAGUUCUUUUUAAUUCUGUAUGUACAUGUCUAAUUUGGAAAUUUAUGUGUAUUUUUUUUAUUUUAAUGCACUGGAUUGCUCACAUGACAAUGACAGGAACCACAGUCAAGAAAAACAAAGUGGGUUAGUAAAUGUCAUGUUUAGUUGGUCCAUAAAACACAAUGAAUAAUACCAGUCCAGCAUCACUGUACCCCCAAUUACAAGCAAUAUUAAAACACUUUUAUACUGUAUAAUUUAAAUUACACACAGCCUGGAGACCCGAGUUCGAUUCCACCCUCGGCCAUAUCUGUGUGUUUGCAUGUUCUCCCCAUGGAUGCGUGUUUUUUUUCCGGGUACUCCGGUUUCCUCCCACAUUCCAAAAAAACAUGCUAGGUUAAUUAGCAACUCCAAAUUGUCCAUAGGUAUGAAUGUGAGUGUGAAUGGUUGUUUGUCUAUAUGUGCCCUGUGAUUGGCUGGCCACCAGUCCAGGGUGUACCCCGUCUCUCGCCCGAAUAAGAUAGCUGGGAUAGGCUCCGGCACCCCCGCGACCCUCAUGAGGAUAGGCGGUAGAAAAUUAAUUAAUGAAUGAAUGAAUGUUCUCGGUGAUUUUUUUAUGCUCGGUACAUUUGGCUGAGUGAACAUCCAGCAGCAACACGUU